AUGAACAACGGAUUCAUCAGUAAGCUGGCCGCCAUCCUGAAUGAGACAGAUACAUUGACUCUUCUGAACUACCUUGGCUACCGCCUCGUUGUGCACAUGUCCCCACUUCUAGCCAAGGUUGCCAGCCCGUUGCUGCGUCUGAGUCACGACGACUACUUGGAGUUCGUUCCGGACCGGCUUCAGGCUUGCAUGCACUUACUAGAACGACUCUACAAACACGGCAUGCGUUUUUUCGGCCGGAUGACCUUCAGCAAGAACAACUCCACACUGCUAUUGAAGCACUAUGACUACAGGAUGAACAGCCUCGAAGUCCAGCUAAAGAGCAGCAUGACGGAUCGCCUCCUUUCGUCUUCUUCAUGGCUGGAUCGUUCCGCGAUCGGCAUUGGCGUCGACAAGAUCGAGAACAUGCGCUUCAUCUUCCUGGGCAGCUCAGACGACAUCAACACCGUCGCGAGCUACUACAACUUCAACGCUCAGCCCUUGGACCCAAGUCAUCUCGUUGAGAGCUUUCGUGACCUUCAGGCCAGUACCAUGAACGUCUACUGGGAGACCAAGCCUCCCAAAGACGACCUUGACGCGAGGUACGACCACACAGCCCUUACACCAGGACACGAGUACUUCUUCGGCCGCAACGUGCUCUUCAUUCCACACGCCAACAUUGCCUUCCUCACCGACAUCAGCAAGAGCAUCGACCCGAUACUCUUCCCACUUGUCCUCGCUGAAGUCUUACGAGGCAUGUUCGGGGCCGUGGACCGGCGUGGUGCCUCCGUGGACCACAACCUCGCAGUGGCCACUUGGUGGAACACCGACGAAAUGAGCAAGUUCUCGCAGCUGGAGCUUUGCUUCCAGGACCAGUACUACGUCGAGAUACGAGAUCUCAUCGGGGACAACUUCGAGGCCAAGACGAGGCUGGAAGAGAACAUCGCGGACAACGCCAUCAUCGGUCCGCUUCACGACAUGUACAUGAAGGCUCUCAUGUCCCAAGACGGGGCCGACAGGCUCAAGAUCUCCGUGGACGAGAACCAGUUCGACAUGGAACAACUGUUCUUCAUCCUGUACGCCGUGGGACUGUGCGACAAUCCGAACCGCGAUGUCUGGGUACGUAAACUCAAGUUUGGCGAGAUACCCGGCAGGCUUCGGGUCAACAUCCCGCUAAUGAACUUCGCCAAGUUCACGACUGCUUUCGGGUGCGCGCCAGGCAUGACCAUGAGCCCCGCUCGAAAGUGCGCUGUCUGGUGA